AUGUAUGCGGCUCAUUUUGCUACUGCAUUAUUAUUUCAUUGUUAUUAUCCAUCUGUUAAUUCAUUUUUAUUUACAUUUGGUGUUAUGUUUUUGGAUAUUGUCUUCGCCAUAUUAGCUUAUUUUACAAUUGAAGGAAUUCGACUGAAUCCAAAUGCCGGUCUUCUCGGGUUCGAGUUACAUUGUCCAUUUAGUCAUUCAUUACUGGGAUCAUUCGUUUUAAGUUGUUUAUGGGGAUGUAUGUGUGUAGUCCAUAAAACAACAAAUUUUCUUCCUGUAUUCCUCUCAUCAUUUAGUCAUUUCCUUGAAGAUUGGCUCAUUCAUAAUCGGCAUUUACAGUUACACCCGUUUAGUUCGUUUUGUGUCGGUGGUACAGGACUGUGCUCAAAAUAUCCACGUGGAACAUAUUAUUUAGAAUUCAUUUUAUGUAUAUGUUGUUCAGCUGAAAUAUAUAGAAGAAAAAACUUUGAUUUAAGUAUGAUAGGAAUUAGUUUAUUCCUAUCAAUUCUUUACAUAUUUUAUUUACAUUUCCAAUUUCGACCAUCGGUUUCUGGUCAAUUCACAAAAUUUGUGAAAGCCAUACCAGAUAAACAACAACAAGGACGAAUACUAUUUCCAAUGCUUCUAAAAUUGUUUGUUACACCGGCUCUUGUUUUGGGUGUGUUGUUAGAGUUUCCACGUUUUAUGCGAUUGUUCACGUAA